AUGGGACACCGCCACAGGAAGGACUUGGCUGCGAGUCGAAGGCGGGUUGAGGAUGAGGGGGAUGAGGAGGGUGUUUUGGAUGUUGGUUCGGAUAAUGACGAUUCGUUGAGCGAGGGAUCCAUAAUCAGUGAAGGGGGCGAGCUGCCAGAGGGCGACGAGGUCGUCAAUAUCAAUAUGCCCUCUACUGGGCCUCUAGAGGUCGAAAGGCCUAAUGGGAGUAGGACGAGAAACACAAAUGCUGAGCUGGCAACGUCAACCAAUGGUAUCUCAACAUGUUCCAAGAACCCUCAUACGAAUGGCACUAGCGAUAUGGACAUGAUGUUGAACGGGCUGAGGAUCUCAGAUUCCGCCGGUGUUGCAACGGAAGUUGAAUAUGAGGAUCUUACUGUGGAUACGGACAUCCGAGACGAGGUGCCAUCACCAGCUGUGGUGAACUCCACGGCUCAGAUGGACCAGGCACCGGAGCAGCCAUACGAGCGCCGGCGAAGGGAACAUGAGGAGUACAAGAAGAAACGGGAUGCCGACCCAGCAUUCGUCCCGAACCGGGGAGCGUUCUUCAUGCAUGACCACCGACAUUCUGGGCCUGCGGCAAACGGAUUCCGGCCGUUUGGGAGAGGUCGAGGGCGAGGGCGGCCUGGUGUUGGGCCGUAUCCACAUGCAAGCUAUAUGUCCCAGCCUUUUGAACCGACCGAUGCUCCUUGGGCUCACGACAUGCACCAAGUAAUAAGUGAGCCGGAUAAUCGACGUCUUCCUGCACCAAACCAACCGAAUGGCUCUUACAAUUUACCCUCACGAGUACCUGUAGGCGCUUCAGCAUCCACACCCCCUAAUAGAGCAUUGUCGACAACGAAACAUAUUGGCAAUGUGCAAAUUAGGGUGUUGUUGUCAACGAUGGAAAAGCCGAUUGUGUUCCCUGGAGUGCCAGUCAAGCAAUACACUCGCCUUCCAGAUCACCGACCUCCUAUGCGUCGAGACAAGCCAGUCCGCAUAUCGAUUCCUGACCACCCGCCACGAUAUAUAUUUCCUGCCAUCGACAGAUCUUUUAUCUUCAUACCGCGAGCUAUGCGGCCUAACCAACAAGGUUUUGGCGGACGGGGUAGAGGUCCAAGGUCCGCAUUUGGUUCGAUUGGCGGGUACUCGAGACGCACGAGCGUGUUUGGCGGUAGCGCAUAUGGUAGUGCUUAUAGCCCUAGUGUUGCUAUGAGCCGUCGGUCAUCACUUGCUCGGGAGGUCAACAGAGACAGCAUUAUAUCUCCGAAUGGGUCGAGGCCGAUUGUCAAGUUACCACCCUCCAGUCAACCAGUGCAACCGCCCCUUCCAUCUGCUGAAAGUGAACCCCAAGGUUCUGCUCAACCGCCUGCGACCAUUGACGACUUACCUCGACCGCAAACCUAUCCGCUCCCUCAAAAGCCUACGUUCCGCGAAAACCGUCCUAAUCCGAUUCCUAUGCAUCAGCCUCGGCCCCAGAAGACUGUAUCAGUUGCUGAUAUCGAGUCACCUGCGAGAUUAUCAUUCAACCCUCCACAACAACAUCAGCAGCCGUUCCACCAUCAAGUCCCUAUGCAAGUCAAUGGCAACGGCUACCCUCAAGAUGCCUCACUACAUUCUCGAAACCCUUCAUACCCUAGUCAAGCUUCGACCGGCACACCAUUGUCGCAGAUCCCAGAACGAGCUAUCCAUGCGCAGCCAUUCCAACCAAACCCUUAUCAGCGGCAAUCACAGAACUUCUAUCCUCAACCAUACCAAACAAUGGCACCACAACAGGGGUAUUAUUACCCUCAACCCUUUAACCCCGCCAUGGCUCCUGCCGCAGGUGCAGCCCCCUUCAUCCCGUCACAGCAGCCACAGCUCCAGCAGCAGCCCCCGCAAGAAGCAUCAUUCUCCCAACCUUCUCAACAAGGCGACGCGGCAGCAUCUCAAAAUCUAGUGGCACAAGAGGUCAACGGCAUGGUCUAUUAUUACGACGCGGCGCAGGCCCCAGCCGUCACAACGUUCCCGUCGUACCAACAACCUCCGUCGUACCCGAUGCAGCAAGUUGGUGGAGUCGUUGGUAUGGGUGGAAUGAUGACGCCGAGUCCGGAUGGGUUCUAUUACCCCCACGCUCCCCCGCAGGGCGUUGUUUACUAUCAGCAAUGA